AUGCGCUUACUACAGACAAUAUUGAAGAUCUCUUCGAUAUUACCCCCGAAAUCGUACCAAAAACUGUCCAGAUUGAUUCACGUUAAGGAUAUAUUGGGUAAUAUCAUGAGAGUUGUGCAAUACAGCAUUCAUUUCUUUAAAGUACUGGAGUUUGAAAACAAUUUUAUUGCUAUUUUGAUUGCGGUACCUGCAACAUACUUCGCCCUGUUAACAUUACAAAUAAUUAUGUUGUACAUAAACUAUGUUUGUGUAUUAAAAGCAUGCUUUAAGAGAAUUAAUGACAAUCUGGUGUACAUACAAAAAUUUGUAAUGAAAGAUAUGAAGCCACAUGCCUGCAAUGUGAUAUUGCAUACACAGAGGAAUCAAUUUUUGCUGGAAGAACUCGGAACUUUGAAGAAGCAACAUCUAACGAUUAGCGACGCAGUGCAAAUGCUCAAUAUGAUCUUCGGCCUGCAACUUCUUGCUAGCAUAAUCACGUCUUCCGUAAUGGUCACCUUUGAUUUGUACUUCUAUGCAGUGCGUUGGCAAAAUGGAGUAUUUUUGGGAUUGGAUUCGCAAUUUCUUGAUGUGCUUGUAACAUCCCUGAUAUAUAACAUUUUUAAAAUAACACUAAUUGCGUGGGCCUGCGAGACGGGUAAGAAUGAAGCCCAAAAAAUCGGUACUACCAUUCACGAUUUACUUAACUGUACCAAUGAUAAGGAAAUCAAAUGUGAGUUGCAACUGUUUUCUUUACAAAUAUUACACCGUAAAAAUACAUUUUCAGUGAAAGUUUUCACUAUAGAUGCGAAGCUUCUUGCAGCAAUAGUGGGGAAUAUUACCACGUACUUACUAAUCUUAAUACAAUUUUUAUACAUGUCGCAUUCUUGUGAUAGAUAA